AUGUCGGAAGGGUCCCUUACUAGCCCCGGUGUCGGAAGAGUCCAGGAAGGAACUGUUCUUCCGUUUCAAACGGAGGCCUUGGCCGUCAGCGAAGCUGCCAGCAAGGCCGUCUCACUAGUCCAAAAGUAUUCCGAACUAGAUCCCCACGAAAUAGACAGUCCCUGGCAAAAUCCGGAGACGAUUUGGGAUGUGUUGGACCAAUCGCGCCGAGACGUGACCCAAGCUUGGGGAGACUUAAAAACUGCCAUGGCCCAACACGAUGAGAGACUGGGUAGGAAACUUAGUGCUCCGACUGCGGUCGGCUCAUCGGACGAAGAUUUACGAGUCGCCUACAUGGACAUGGUCACAGAUGCAUUUGCAGAUUGUUUAAACGACUUGAAAGAAUCGGAAGAACGGAUUGAUGUAGACAUUUUGGUGGAUUGUUUGCAGUCUGGCCUCGAUCUGAUGACCAACGACGAGAAGGAUCUGUUCCUGCAGGAAGUGCAUGGAGAGUUCGAUUGUGGUGACAAUGGCGACGACGUAGAUGAACUCACACCGCACGAGACGCGCCGUCGACAGCUGGGUUUUCAUAUCGAUUCUACGGCAUAG